UUCGGUAAAUUGAAUCAUUAAUCGAGUUCCAUUAUUUCUAAAUACAACAGAUUUUUCCUUGCAAAUUCUGGAAAACCAAGUUCCAUUUCUAACAUGGUCCAUUUACGUAGGACCAGAUUUGUAAUGACAAGAAACCCUAGUUUCUCUCAAGAUUGUUAUGGCUUCAACCACACAUAUAACAAAUUAAUCGGCUCAAUAUAAAAACUCAAGAUUCUCUUCCCAAUUUACAUCUGGUUUUGGAAAAGAAUUUAGAAAACGGAUCAAGUUUUGUUUGGUCGUUAUUAGAUUUAGAAACUAGCAACUAUUCUCAACCAUCCGAUUAAGCAGAUAAAACCAAUGUGGCAGACAUCCAUGGAAGCAUCAAAUCCUUAAACGAACCCACCGUCCAGUCAAAGUUUCAUGCAAGGCCAUUGGCUACAGUUGGUCAAACACUUGCAAGACUUCCAACAAAAAAAGAUGAAAAAAAAAUUAUUUUCUUAGUACUAAGCAUGUGAUCAUGGAUACAUGCGUUUAAUUGCAGGAGUCUUAAGAAACAGUCCCCCCUUCUCCAGGACAAAUGACAUUCUUUAUGUUCCUUAAGCUAGUACUUUAUUAAUAUAUAUUUUUGGGUUUCGUGGAUUCUGUUUUGACAACUCCCAGUCACCUGAAUUCAUGGGGGGUUCAAAGCACUAGAUUUUGAUAUCUGUUCCUGCUUACUAUUAUUUUGUCACUCACUGUUUUAAGGGGAUCCUUCUUUAUAAUUAUGAGUUGGCUCCGACAAGACAGUAAGUUUUGUUUAUAGGACAGAACCUUUCUGGUUUUAAAAGGCAAUGAUUUUUUUUUUCAACUUUAUAUUACCUCUUUAGAAUUGUUUUCUUUCAUUUCAUCUUACAGUCAAUCAAGGACAAAAGAUAUCAAAAGUUUUGAAGGAGUACUAUUGCUACAGGAGAUUAUAGCUAGGAAAAUUUAGCUUUUAAAUUCAUCGAAAAAAUGUCAAGUGUUUCCUGUUGGCUGAAAGAAUCCUAAGGUAGAAAUGCAAAGUGGGUUUUAUUCAGCUUGGAAGAGUGGUUCUUUGUUUGGGCUAGAGAACGUGGAAGGGGAUGGAAAGCUGAAAGCAGCAUCGUCUUUGCCAUCUAUUCCUCAGCCACAAACACCAAAGGAGCCUAUGGAGUUUUUGUCUAGAUCAUGGAGUCUAUCUGCAUCAGAACUUUCAAAAGCACUUGCUAAGAAACAGAAACGGAAACAGUUUGAAUUUGAUAAUAAUCCAAGUUCGUUUCCAGACAACUUUAUUGCACCGCAAAUUGCAGGGAAAGUCAUAAAUACAAUCAAUGCUCGAAGAACUGGAUCAAUUGGGAAAUGGUUUCAUCACCACAAGGAGACAGGUACUAACACAGUGAAGAAGAAAGAUAAGAUACGAGCAGAAAAUGCUCGGGUGCACUCUGCUGUUUCCGUUGCUGGACUAGCUGCAGGCUUGGCAGCAGUAGCCGCAGCUGGAAACUCCAAUGGCAUAGGUUCACAAAUGAGCAUGGCAUUGGCAUCUGCUACUGAACUUUUGGCAUCACAUUGCAUUGAAUUAGCUGAACUAGCCGGAGCUGAUCAUGACCGUGUUGCUUCAGUUGUCAAAUCCGCUGUGGAUAUUCAAACUGCUGGUGAUCUGAUGACUCUCACAGCAGCAGCUGCAACAGCCUUGAGAGGAGAAGCAGCUUUGAGAGCAAGAUUGCCAAAAGAAGCAAAGAAAAAUGCUGCUAUAAGUCCUUAUGAGAGGAGCAUGACAGAAGCUCAUUGGUCUGCUGCGUUUCAUUCUCAAAUGAAGGAGCGGAAUCCUCCUUGUGAGGGUGAACUUUUGCAACACACAAGAAAAGGUGUGUUUAGAUGGAAGCGUGUCUAUGUCUACAUCAACAAUAAAUCUCAGGUCAAGAUUAAACUCAAAAGCAAGCAUGUUGGAGGGGCAUUCUCCAAGAAGAAUAAAUGUAUUGUAUAUGGAGUUUGCGAUGAGACUUCUGCAUGGCCAUACAGAAAAGAAAGGGAAACUUCUGAGAAUCUCUAUUUUGGUCUCAAGACUGGACAAGGUCUUCUAGAGUUCAAGUGUAAAAGCAAGAUUCAUAAGCAGAAAUGGGUUGAUGGGAUUCAAAAUCUUCUCCGUCAAGUCAGCUAUACUGAAGCAACUGAGCUUUCUCUUGAAUCUUUGAGUAUCAAUGACUGUAUAUAGGAAAGAGUAUAGUUUGUGCAUACAUACUGAAUUUGGCUUUGUGACAUUUUGAAUUUCAUACAUAAACUUUCUUUCAAUAUGUGAGAUAUGCAACA